AUGUCUGCCGUCGACGCCCUUGCUGACAAUGUGGCUGCCACCACUUUGAACGACACCCCUGAGACCAACGGCACCUCUGCACAGGCCACUGAUGCUGCAGCGGCCAGUGCGGACGAGGGACGCCGCCUGUACAUUGGGAACCUCGCCUACGCGACCACCGAGGAGGAGCUCAAGGAGUUCUUCAAGAGCUACACCAUCGAGAGCACCUCGAUCCCGGUGAACCCUCGUACCAACCGCCCGGUCGGCUACGCGUUUGUGGAUCUUGCCACGGCCGCUGAAGCUACCGCCGCCAUUGAGGGACUCUCCGGCAAGGAGAUCCUCCAGCGUAAGGUGUCGGUGCAGCUGGCCCGCAAGCCUGAGCCUGCGGAGGCCAAGGAGGGUGUUGCCAACGGCGGUGAGGGCGCCAGCGGCAACGAAGGUCGCAAGAGAACCGGUGGCCGUGGUCGGGGCCGUGGCCGUGCUCGUGGCCGUGGCGGCCGCUUGGGCCGUGGCCGUGCGGGCCAGGAUGGCCAGGAAGGCACUGAUGCCAACGUUGCCGAGCAGGCUCCUCUGACCGAAACGACCAACGAGAACGAGGCUGCAGGCACCGAGGGAGCUAAGCAGCAGGGCAAGCCCCGUGCGCGCCCCCAGAAGCAACGUGGUCCCCCUGAGGAUGGCAUUGCGUCUAAGACCAAGGUCAUGGUCGCGAACCUGCCGUACGACCUCACCGAGGACAAGCUCAAGGAAAUCUUCGCCGCCUACCAGCCUGUCUCGGCCAAGGUGGCUCUGCGUCCCAUCCCCCGUUUCAUGAUCAAGAAGCUCCAGGCCCGCAAUGAGCGCCGCAAGACCCGCGGAUUCGGUUUCGUUAACCUGGCUUCGGAGGAGCUGCAGGCUAAGGCGGUCAAUGAAAUGAACGGCAAGGAUAUCGAUGGUCGCGUGAUCGCUGUCAAGGUCGCCAUUGACAGCCCCGGAAAGGAGGACGAUGUCAACGACGCUGCCGACAAGUACGACGAGGCGACUGCUCCCGCGGAGGAGAACGCCGCGCCCACCGAGGCUUAA